GAUGACCAGCAGGCCAAAAUCAAUGCCCAGCAUCACCCAGGCCAGACCGCCAAGGCUCUGUGCAUGCAGUUCUCCAAGCCCACCCUCACGGUCUGCGUCACCGGUGCCGCGGGCUACACGGCCUAUAACCUCGUUUAUCUUAUCGCUUCGGGAGAGGUUUUUGGGCACGAUCAACCCGUCGCGCUUCGCCUGCUUGACAUUCCCCUCCUUCAAGCCAAGAUGGAAGGCGUCCAAAUGGAGCUUCAGGACUGCGCCUUCCGGCUCCUCAAAGACGUCAGCACCCAUACCAGCCCCGAUGCUGCAUUUAAAAACGUUGACUAUGCCAUCCUUCUCUCCGCCAUCCCCCGCAGCGAGGAUGCGGACCCCAUGCUCCGCUGCAACAACCGCCUUGAUGUUCUGCGCGCCAAUACCGUCAUCUUCAAAGAACACGGCCUCGCCUUUGAUCGCGUCGCUAAACCCACCACCAAGGUGGUCGUCGUGGCCAAUCCCAGUGCCACCAACGCUCUCAUUGUCAGUAGCUUUGCCAAAAGCGUCCCCAAGGAAAAUUUCACUUCUUUGGCCUGGCUCGACCAAAAUCGCGCCGCUGCCCACAUUGCCGCCCGCUUGAAUGAAGACAAGCUCGAGAGCACCGUGCCGCUGCAACACACUGGUCGUGACAUUCGCAACCUUAUUGUGUGGGGAAAUCACAGUGAUACAAUGUUUCCAGACACUCGCCAGGCCGUCAUCGUGCAGCCCAAGCCCGAGCUGCCUCCCGUCAAACUGCGCGCCGUUCUUCGGGAUGACGGUUUUCUUCUGAAGGAUUUGGUGGAUCAUGUCCGCCAACGUGGCAAGGCCAUUGUACGCAAGCGGCAAACAACCCCCGCCAUGUCUGCUGCGCGCGCUGUCGCCGAUCACGUGUGCGCCUUGCAUGGUGGUACGCGCGAGGGAGAAACUGUCAGCAUGGGCGUCUAUACCAAUGGCAACCCCUACCAGGUGGCGGAUGGCCUCUUCUUUUCUUUUCCAGUUAAAAUCAAGGCUGGCGGCGAAUGGCACAUUGUCAAGAAUAUUCAGCUGGAUGAAUCGCAGCGCGAUCGAAUCCAGGCCUCGGCUCGCGAGCUGGCUGCUGAACGCCAUGCCGCCUUUAUUCUCUGUGGCAUUGCCCUUCCAGAGCCAGCAUCGCCUGUGAAGGAGAGCACGGAGGCAGCCUCCAUGGACACUGGCGCCACUGCCGGCGCCACCCUCGAGCCGUGA